AUGGCUUCUAGCGCAGCACCCACAGCCAUCAUCAUAGGAAGCAACCCUUUGGAGCUGAAGCCUAGCAGCUGCUCCCACAGCCAGCGAAGACUGCAAAGAAAAUUCUCGCUGCCCCAGGCCUUGACAUUGCCAAGCCAUGCUCCCCACUUCAUACAGCAACCGGAGGACCUGGAGGUUGUCCUGGGGGAGGAGGCAACACUCCCUUGUGCUCUCAGCGGCUACCAUGGCUUGGUUCAAUGGACAAAGGAUGGAUUAGCUCUUGGAGGUGAACGGGAUCUGCCUGGGUGGUCUCGUUAUUGGAUAGCAGGAGACAGGGCCAGUGGCCACCAUGAUCUGCACAUUGGGGCAGCUGAACUUGGGGAUGAAGCAUCCUAUGAGUGUCAGGCCACCCAGGCUGCCCUUCGCUCCCGGCCUGCUCGGCUCCAAGUACUGGUUCCCCCAGAAGCACCAGAGGUGCUAGGGGCCCCAACUGUGGCUCUGGUUGCUGGGGUUCCUGGGAACCUGACUUGCCGGACCCGAGGUGGAGCUCGCCCCAUCCCUGAGCUGCUGUGGUUUCGGGAUGGUAUCCGUCUGGAGGGAGCCAGUUACAGCCAGACCCUGCUGGCCAGUGGGAUGCUGGGAGCAGCUGAGAGCUCCCUCUCAAUCACCCCCUCUGCCCGGGAUGAUGGUGCCUCCUUCAUCUGCCAGGCCCGAAGCCCAGCCCUGCCCACGGGGAAGGACACUGAGGUCACCCUCAGCCUGCAGUACCCGCCUGUGGUGACCCUGUCUUCAGAGCCACAGACAGUGCCUGAGGGUGGGAAGGUCACAUUUCUGUGCAGAGCAACAGCCCAUCCGCCAGUCACUGGCUACAGGUGGGCAAAAGGGGGAUCUGUACUUCCUGGAGCUCGGGGGCCCCUUCUAGAGGCAAAAGCUGAUGCUUCCUUCCUGACUGAACCUGUGUCCUGUGAGGUGACCAAUGCAGUGGGCAGUACCAAUCGUAGCACAGCAUUGGAUGUACAGUUCGGUCCUUUCCUCCUCUCUCCGCCUGAGCCAGUGGCUGUGGAUGUGGGAGAAGAUGCCUCUUUCACCUGCACCUGGAAGGGAAACCCGCCCCCACGAGUGACAUGGACGCGCCGUGGGGGGACGAAGAUCCUGGGCUCGGGGCCCACGUUGCGUCUGGUGUCGGUGGGGCCGGGGGACGCCGGAAAUUACGAGUGUCGAGCAGAGCCAGGACCUUCGGGAGUGGGGGGCGGACUGGGGGAGGCAACCCUAACUGUUCAUGGCCCCCCAGCAGUGACUGCCCUGCAUUCACCCCCUGCUGCUCUGGGAGCCCCAGCCCGGCUAGAGUGCUUAGUGCUCGCGUCUCCAGCACCCGAGGCAGUGGUCUGGUCCUGGGGCGAGGGCGCACUCGCCUCGGGUUCUCGAGGCCGCUUCCUAGUAGAGACAUUCCCCGCCCCAGGGGCCACAGGGAGUGGACGACGGGGAUUGUUGUCGGUGCUGCACAUCUCCGGGACUCGGGAACCGGACUUCGGUCGAGACUUCAACUGCAGCGCUCGCAACCGGCUGGGCGAAGCAGGAGCCCGGGCUGGCCUGACCCGCACUAACCCACUGCCCCUGGUGCGGAUCGUGGCCGGAGUGGCUGCAGCGGCUACUGCCUUACUACUACUGCUCAUCGCGGGGGGCGCCCACUGCUGCUGGCGCCGAGGCCGAGGUCAAGCAAGGAUCUCCAAGAGGGAAAUACUGGUGCAAAUCACUGACAGCGAUGGUUCCAGCCCUCCAGCCCCCGAAGAAGAGGAGGAGAGGAGCCGGGAAGACCCGGUCCCCAGCUGUGAGUCCGCGGGCACUAACCUCACCAAGCCGACCGACCUCGCGGGUGAUGAGGAGGCGGGGCCUGAGUCCAAGGAUCCCACUAAUGGCUACUAUAAAGUUCGAGGUGUGAGUGUGACCCAGGACCCUGGAACUGCCCUGUUCUCCUCUCCAGCCUCCCCUGUCUUCCCUGGCAGCCCUUCUGGAUUCUAUGACCUUACCCCUCACCUGGCUGUAUUCCCCUCAGACCUAGGUGGUCUCUACAAGCCCCGGGAUGGUUACCUCACCACUCCAUACACCCGUGCUUUCACCAGCUAUGUCAAGUCCACACCCUAUGGGCCCCCUGACCCAGCUCCUGGGCCCCCUCACUUUUCCUACACUGUCCUCCCUGUUCCUGGCCACCAGCGCCUUCAGACCCAUGUGUGA